AAUAUUGCGAACGUACGAAUUAAUUUACUUUCGGAAGCAAAUCAAAAGAUUAAUACACUAAAUGUAUUAUGCGAAAAAUCUGUGAAAUCCACAGACACUAUAACUGAGAAAUACACAAAUACUAUAAAUGAAUUGAGUGGUGAACAUAAGUCAGCAGUUUUAAAUAUGUUAGGAGAGUUGAGAAGCAAAGAUGUGGAAUUAAAAUCACAACUUGUAAACAACCUGUCCGAUAUGCAAACCUAUACUGAUGAACAGUUGGCAAACAUUAAAUCGGCCCAAAAAAGUAUAGUUGACUUUUUAGAAUUAAAUUCAAACAAUGUCAAAAUGCAAGCUAUUAAAUUAAAACACCAAAUUGAAAUUAUAAAACAAAUUCUUGCAAGUAAUCUGCUAAAUAUUGGUAAAAUACAUACCGAAAUUGUAAAUGAAACUUCUUUAGCGGCACAACAACAAGCGAUAGUCGAUGAAAUGAUUCAAAAAUUACAAUCCAUAACAGUACAGCGUAAAACAUGUUUUAGUAACAUGAGUGAAAUAAGUACAAAAUUAGAACAACAAUGUCACAAAACAAUUAAUGAAUUAGAGGUACAUGCAAAUAGCAUAGAGGAAAAUAAAGAAAAAUGUUGUGAAGCUAAUGCAAUGUCACAAAACUUAUUUGACAAACAAACUGAAACUUCUCUAAAAUGUGUUGAUAAAUAUAUUUCUAAGUGCUCAAUAUUAAAGGCUCAGAGUGAAAAUUAUUUCGAUCAACACGAGAAGUUGAUUAAAACAUUUGAAUCAAAUGAAGUAGAGCACAACACACAAACUCUUAAACUUCUAUACGAACAUGAAAGUGAGAUUAAACAAUUAUCGGAGAAAAGCAAAGAAGACAUGAAAGCAGCAUCAGAUGCCAUAGCAGAAAGCUUAAACAAUAAUUCGCAUAAUUUAAAUAGACAUAUUAUAGUAGCAAGUGAAGUUGCUACAAGUUUACAAGACCAUGUCAAUGGUUAUGCAAAUUUAUAUAAAGCACAAAUAACAAAUUGUGCGCAAGAUGUGAACACAUUCAAAGAUAGUGAAUUACAGGUUUACAAAUCAACCGGUGCAACACCGUCGAAACGUAAUUUCAAUUAUCCACGAGUCUUAGCUGCAACAUCACCGCACAAUAUUAUCGUAAAACGCUUCCGACAAGAAAAUGAAUGGUCUGAUUUAGACACAACAGCAACAAUUGAUGAGGAGGGUAGCGGAGAAGAAAAUACAAUUGAAUCUCCACAAAAAAUAUCUAGUUGCGAAUUACUACUUAACUCUACGCCAAUUGAACCUUCUGAAAGUUUGAAGACAAGUAUUAUUAGUAUUAACUAUAGUGACGGCAAUAUAUCAAAUCAAAAUUCAAGUAAAUUGCUGCGUCCAUCUAAUACACCGCAGAAUAAAACUCCAAUGAAGUCACCACGGUACAGUACACCAAUCUCGUUGACUGAAAAUAAAGAGAAUGUAUCCAGAGAAAGUUUCAAAAAACAAUCAAAGUAAAUUUUUUCAAAACUAUUUAUAUAGACUAAUUUUAAAUGUGCUGAUUUCUUAAGUCCAAUUUAUAAAUUUAUUUUUAAUAUUUUAUAUGAACUUUUUUAAUUACGAUUUA